AUGGCGUGGAGUACAAGAGCUAUGUCAAGAGUUGUGGAUGGACUUCAAGGUGAGUACCGUGAAGAAGAAGAAGAUCCAGCCCAAGGACAUGGACACGAUCAUGGCAGAGGGCAACAAGUACAUCCGUUCUGGAGCGAAGAGGUGCAAGAGGAACAUCUCCUAGCCCAGGCGAGACCAAGAGGUCUACCAGAUGAGACACUAAGUGAGAACCUGUUGGAACUUGACUUGGAUGAGGACGAGCUGAGGCUGACAUGGCAGAAGGUGGAACUGGCGUGCGGCAAAGGGGUGCCAGCAUGGGGCUACUUGGACUUCAAGGACAUGCUGGACAAGGAAAGGGACGGGGUCUUGGACACGUUCAAGGCUCUAAGGUGGAACAACUCGAUGGACGUCGAGUCCACGAAGGAGGAGAACGGGAUCUUGGACACGUUCAAGGUUCUAAGGUGGAGCACCUUGAUGGACUUCAAGGCCACGGUGGUCGAGUGCGAGGUUCUGAACAAGUUCAUGGCCCUGGACCAGAGCUACCUCCAGCAAAAGUUCGACGUUCUGCAGAAGGUGACAAAGCCGCAGAAGGAAAACAAGGCUCUAAGCAGCAGGGAGCGCGUGCCCCUGAAGAAGGAGGCCGUGGCAGGGACUCUGGAUGGACCAUACUGGAGCACGCCAGUGAACAGAGAUGGAGGCGGACCACUUGCACCUCAGUACAGCGGCAAGAACAUCGACGACGUCGACGCCAGAAGCCAACCCGAAGUUGAAGGCUAUGGGCAACGUCGAGAAAGGCAACAAAGAUGGGACAACCUCGGCGCCUACGACAUCCACAGUAGCACAAGCUUCAACAUCGAGCUCUACGACCUCGACGGGGGGAGUCAUGGAGGAUGUCACGACGCUGUUGAAAGUUUGCAGGUGACACAGGGUGGAGGACAAGAACCAGGACUUCGAGUUUGCCAGGUUCGAAAACUCCAACCACAUCAGGAGGGAAGUGCAACACACUGUCUUCGUCAAACUCGAGGUGGAGAUGAAUGGCAACGAGCACAACCAGUGACAGUGAAGCUGGCAACAGGAGCAGUUCAACUGAGACAAUGCAAAGAGACAGGAACGUUGCUGACAACGGAGCCAGUGCAAGCCAUCGUACCAGUGAGCAAGAUGUUGCAAACAGGCUACAACAUGAUGUGGACCAAGGACGAGUGCGUGGUGGAAAAUGCGGGGCACCAACGGCUACCAGUCACCAUGGUUCAAGGAUGUCCAACAGUGAACAAGGAGUGUGGCGACAUGCUCAUGGACCUGAUCGAGGUUGAGGAGAAGAAGAAGGCAAGGAUAUCUGCAAUCUUGGGGAAGGAGUUGGAACCCGAGACGGAGUAUGAGAAGAACGUUGCAGAAACACAGAAGAUGUUUCCAGAAGUUCCAGCCUACUUGAUUGAGAACGUAGCCUGUGACGGACAAUGGAAUGCAGAUCGGUUGCCAUGGAACAGAAGGAAGCGAAGAGCAAUCGAGAAGGCGAAGUUCGUAGCACUUCACUUGUACUCAGGCGACGAUGACAAAACUUGGAAGCAACUGGAACGACAAAGCCAUGGCGUAGAGGUGAUCCAGGUGGAGCUCAAGAAGGGUGCAGACAUGCGGAACAACGACCUUACUUAUGGCCUACCUGGAGGAGCUUGCAAGAGCAGGAUGCUCAAACUGGUGAAGUUGACCAAGGACAACAACAGCAGAGCAACGGUGAUGGUUGAACAGCCGCAAGAUCCGCUGGACUACAGGGCCGAUGAUGAGGAGUUGCACAAAGGAUAUGGGUUUCCAACCUUUUUGCAAUGGCCGGAGACGCUACAAAUGGUCGAAGACUACAACCUCACAACGGUCAAGGUGGAUCGGGGAAGCUUGGGGCAUCCUACAACUAAGCCGGCAACUUUGCUCACCGACCUCGACCAGAUCAAGGGGGUCGAUGGAUGGAAGAUGCAAGGACUUCUCAGAGUGGCGAUUCAGAGGUUGUCACAGGAGGAGACCAUGGUGAAGGCCCUGACCCUGAAGGAGCAGAAGGAGAUCAUGGAAAUGGAAGGAAAGGAUCAGGAGUUGAAGGGACCAAGAUAUGGUCUUGUGGCGACGUACACAGUUCCAAUCGACAAACAUGGAGCUCCUCUACCACAAGGACUGGCGGGACCUCACUUGCCACACCAACAAGGACGCGAUGUGGAGGAUGAACGUCGAUGGAGGGACUUCUUGCAGGACAGAAAGUCUCAAAAUGUCAAGAACUUGACGUUUGCAGUGCCUCUCAAGUCAAGACACAACGAUGACUUGCUCCAAGCAGUCGCCCAGAUCUACGUGAAGACCAAGACAAUGGCACUCCCAGUUCAACGAGUUCAUACGGACAGAGCUAAGGAAUUUGUGGGCGAGGGAUUUCAAAAGUGGAUCAAAGACCAUGACUUAUUCCACACGAUGAGCUCAGGAAGUGAACCACAAGGCAACGCCAGAGUCGAAAGGGAGGUCAGAGAGCUGAAACAAAGGAUGAGAACGGUGCUGACAGCUUCAAGGGCACCAACACACUUUUGGCCUCUUGCGCUCCGACAUGUUGGCGAACAGAGACGACGGCGACAGCUACAAGCUUUGGGUGUUACAACACCAGAACUUUUGCCGUUUGGGAUGAAGGCAAUGGCCAAACAGAAGUUGUGGCAAAAGGGAGAUAACACACUGAAGUAUCCCAUGCAGAAAGUCAGAUUGUGGGGACCUGCAGCUGAUAUGGCAACUACGUAUCUUGGCUACUAUGUUCAAAGCGAUGAGACUGGCAAGUUCUUCAGAUCGACAGUGGUCAAGGUCUUUGCAGAUCAGCCCUACAAGCUGGACGUGGUGAUGCACCACGGGGGGAGGAAGAAGGACCUGGAGGCCAACUUCAACUGGAUGACCCUGGAGAUGAAGAAAAUCGCCGACUGGAUGACGAUCAGCAAGGUCCACAACAACCUGAAGAAGCACAACAAGCUCAAGCGGCUGACGAUCUUCAAGCUCGAGAUGAUGAAGUUCAAGAAGGUAUCUUCGACGAUGAGAUCGAAGAACCCCUACAACAAGAACGUCGGAGGAUCGACAUCACCAACACCAAAAGAGGAUUGUCGCUCUAUCCGCGCUUGGAGAUCAACGCGGUGUUGGAAGAGGUUGACGAAGGAAGACAGGAUCUUCAAGAUCGAUGCAACAGGUGCAGAUCAAGUUCGACUUCUUGGGGAUGAAGAACAUCGUCGAGCACAAUGCGAAGAAGCAAUCGAGCGCAUGAUGGUCAACCAGCACGAGGAGCACGCAAGAUGGGUGCGUGAUGUCAUUGUUGGGAUUGAGGAUGAGACAGUAUGUCCACAAGAAGUGGAGUUGGCGUUGAGCCUCAAGGAAGAACUGAACGCUAUGGAAGAGAACCUGGUUCAGUCGGCAAAUAUGAGGAAGUUGGAGGUGGAAGCUGAGCAACAAGUUCUGCAAACACGCCUUGUGGCAAUGGAUGAAGUUUGUCGGAAUCUGGAAGAAUGGAAACCGGUCUUCGCGGAGGAGGUCAACAACCUCAAGAUGAAGGCGGUGGAAGCCAUCAACGAGAACCACAGUUCCAACAACUUCUUCAAGGCCAUGAACUUGGUGAAGCCUGAUGAGACAUGGAUCACCAAGCAAGCACUAUAUGGACUCAUCGAGUCGCUGGGAGAUUGGGGGCAACACCGCGAUGAGCAGCUCCCACACCUACGAUGGCGGCAUGCUGGACAGGAGUUCACCCUCAAGGAGACGAAGGAAAGGCAUGUUUGGGCAGUGCGACGAGUUGGUGCGCCAGCGACUGAGGACAACCACGGUUUCGUGCUUGUGUACGUGGACGACAUGCCACUUUUUGGGGACACUGUGCGGUGA